CAGCCCGUUGUUUGCAAACUGAUGUCUUCUGUCUAUAGGCCACGGCUAAAUGGCUACGUUGGAGAGGGUCAUUUAUUACAUGCUAGUUGAGAUGUGUUUGUAAGGUUCCAAACUUGUGAAGCUAACUUGAAGAUUGAGAAGUGAAGAGACAACUUUUGGCGUAAAAUGUAUUUAUUUAUUUAUUUAUAUGCAAACCUGAGACAUAAUUUAGAUGGUAAGAUGACUUUCUGCACCCAGUAAAGCUGCUAAAUUUGAGACAAUGAUGGCACUGAUAACAAUACAGACAAACCUUCCAUCUUAAUCUGUUCUGAAUAAUAUCUGCAGGGAUGAACACUUUGCUUCUUGCUUGGUCACUCUCUCUUUUUCUCUUCAUAGCUUCAUCCGUCACCGUCCUCUUCCUCUUAGCCUCAGCCAUUGUAUCAAACAGUACAGAGACGGGCUAAUGGGCUGCUUUGUAGCUGAAGGCUGCUGUGUGAGCUAGUGCCGUAAAGCUGUAUGCACUUCUCCUGAUAUGAACUUACAGCGCUAUGAAGUUACAUAGCACUGAAAAUAAGUGAGCGGACCGUUCUGUUGACAUGGGAGAGACGCCCUUCUGCCUGUUGAAAGUUAUUGUGCUAUGAGAUCGCCCUUUGAAACUACUAUUUUAAGGUGGAAAAGUUAUAUAUUGUUGCUUUAAUGUCAGAAAUAGGACAGCUUGUAGAGAAAAACAUGACAGGUUCCAUUUUAACCGUCUAAAAUCAAAAAACAAAGAUUCACUGAUAAAAGUCUUUGAAACAAGUUUCCUUUCUGCCAGCAGCUCAAUGCAAGGUGACCUACCGUAUACUCAAACACACACACACACACACACACACACACACACACACACACACACACACACACACACACACACACACACACACACACCCCCACACCCAUGCAAUGUUAUACCUGACUUGAGCCGGCUGUCUGCAGGCUGUAAUAACCAGCGGAGUGGAACCCUGACUGAGCUUUCUCUCCACUCACCUUCAAGUCCAGAUAGAAUCACCAAAACGUUUUCCUCAGCUCCUUGAAUUUCCAGUUUUACAGACAGAAGAUCUUCACUGUGAUGGUGGAGGGUAAACCAUAUCGAUACGGGCUGAUAGCAGCAGGUCUGUGUGUGGUGUGUGUGGGCCUCUUCAUCAUGACUCAGGAGCGACCGCACGUUUACGCCACCUUGUGUGCUCUGGGCGUCACCAUGGUGUGUGUCGGGACUGUGUGGAGCCUCUGCCAGUGCUACCCAAAGGUCAUUGUGGCUCCUGAGACUCAGGAGAAAAGUCUGCAGGAUGGAGUGUGUUCUGCAGCUGGAGCACUAGAAGAAAGACAUCCUGAGGCUCAUCUGACUCUCUGUGGGCAGAAGUCGAGCAGCAGACAACUUCUUUCUGGAUCCCUGAAGAGUCAGUGUCACAGCUGUCCCAUGCUGCAUCUGGUCUAAGCGAGACCCCCGUCCUCCUGCAGGGUCAGACCCGAACUCUCCCCUAUACUCUCAGGACAGUGAAGAGAUCCUCUGAUGUCUCUGCCUCACUUAGAUGAUAAUUUUUAAAUGUUUAAUUAUUUUUUUGACAGUAAAUGGAAGAGACUGAUGAUAUUAACAAUUUUACAAAGAUCACAUUGUUGUUAAUAAAGUUACAUUUGUAUUGCAUGGUAGUUCCAGAAGAUGGCACUAUCUACUACUCCAGAGAAAGUUUGUUGGGGACACUGCAAUGGCCUACAUGAACUU